AUGAGUGAAGAUGAAGUAAGGAAUGGAUUUUAUAAUGAAUUGGCUGAAGCAUUUAAUAGACUACCAAGUAAUGUAAUGAAGUUGAUUUUAGGCGACCUAAGCUCAAAAUUUGAAAGGGAAAAGCACUUUUCUCCGAUAAUAGAAAAAUAAAGUCGUCAUUCUAUAAUCAUUAGAAAUUAAUUUCGACUUAUCUCAUUUUUCAUCAAAUUAUAUGGUAGUCAGAAGUAUAAAGUUUCCCCACAAAAACAUCAAUAAUAUUACAUGGAAAUCAUUGGAUGGAAAAACGUACAACCAGAUUGAUCACGUGCUCACACAAAAUAGAUUAUGUUCUUGUAUAACAAACAUAAGAAGCUACAGAGGAGGAGAUUUUAACAAGGAUAACUCUCUACUGAUGUCUAAAUUUAAACUCAAAAUACAGGCAAAGUGAGAUUGAAUAAGCUAAAGAAUGCAAAAUGCAAUGCAGAAAUAUUAAAAAAUGAAAAUGUCAUUAUUGAUACAUACAACACACCUCAAGAAUAGUAAAAUUGAAAACAUAGAAACAGACUGGAAUAAUAUUAGCAUAGUCACAAAAGAAACCACAGAACGAAGUACUGGAAGAGUGCAUCGUGGAAAUAAGAAAAUAAAUGACAUAAUGUAGCAUGCUAAGAAGCUAUAACAAAGCAACGUAUAAAUCAAGUAAACUUUAUAAAAUCUGGAAAUCAAAGAGCAACGAACAUCUUUGUAAUAGAAAGGAAAAACUGUAAGCGAGUGAUAUAAAACAAAACAAGAAAGUUCACAAAUGGGAAGAGAAGUGGAAAAGAAUUGAUGACAAGGCAAAAUAUGAAGCUUCUUCAAGACUAUUGGAUUGUAUAAAGCCUCUUAAAUCCAACACUUAAAGCAAUAAAGGAUCGAAACGGAGAUAUUCUCAUGGAGUCCUAUAGAGUAUUUCAUAGGGCUCCUAAAUUUGAAAAUACCACUGAAACCAGUAAGAAGUGUACAAUAUCAGAUAGCGAAACCAUUGACUAACGGCUUAACUUUGGAGGAAACCAAGAUUGCUAUUAACAGUCUAAAGAAUUGGAAGGCGUGAAAGUCAGAUGGCAUACCCUCCUCUCCAAACUCAUUGAAUAUAGCAGCAAUGAAAUACACAAAGUUAUCUUCAAACUAUGGAAAAAUAUAUGGGAAGAAAAACAGAUAUCUAAAAGCUGGAAGGAAGCAGUUGUUAUUCCUAUAGACGAAAAAGAUGGCAAAACAGAGUGUGAAAACUAUAGAGUUUUAUCGUUUCCAUCUAUUUCAUUCGCGAGUAGUAAAUGCAAUUCUCUGCAUUUCAUUUGAACAUAAUUAAUAUAACUUCGAUGAAGUUCAUCGCCAAUGACUAUACCACAUUAAAUACAACAUUUCUCGUUCAAAGUUAAGCAACGGCGAGUUUACCUAGGAACUUGCAUAGAUGACCGUUUGUGAACAACAUUACGGGCCGUUGAUUAUUAUGCAUGUGGCAGUCAAGUUGUUGAGUAUCUAUUUAUAAUUUAUUUAAAUAAAUAUGUUUGCGCAAAUAUAUAUAUUAUUUUUUUAUCUUUAUUGUAAUGUUAAUUCGAUAAUAAUUAAAUAGUGUCUUCAAAAGAAACACUUAGAUUCGAAGUAUAAUAUUAAUAUGAAAUAAGUACUUAUACAUUCUUUUAGUACGAUCUCGACAAACGAAACCGCGAAACGACAUUCGAUGAUAAUUAAUAAUAAAAUAACGAGGUGAAAAUCAUUAACAAAUAAUAAAAUAAUACAAAUCGUACCUACGAUUUUUAAGUGUAAGCGAUUCGUUAUUUAAAAAAAAAAAAAAAAUUUAUAAUAUGCUUGUAUUUGAUGCACUAGAUUACAACAGCUCAUUGUUUGUUAACCCAUCCUGUUUUACUAACAAUGUUUAGUUUACCCUUUUUUACCGUGCCCGUACUCAAGAAAAAUACAACAUGACGUGUUUUCCUACUAUAGUCGUAAUCAUGGACGUCCUAAGACAAUGGCGAGCGAGACGGGGCACAUGCCAUCCCUGGAUUUUUAAUUUAUCAAUAAACCAAUGAAGGAAUGGAUAAACAAUUUGUAACAAAUUUAGUAUUUAGGAAACAUUGUAGAUUUAUACCUAUCUAAUACAAUGUACAAUACAAUAUAUUAUUAUGUAGAGUUAGGUUAGGUUAUAUAUUAUAUAAUGAAAACUAUAAAAUACCAUAAUACUUUAUAGAAAGAAAAGUUUAUCCUUUAUUUUUUGAAAUAACUGUCAUCCCUGGGGGGGGGAAAUUUUAAGGAGAGCUCGGUAAACUUAAAGGUAUUUUUUUUAGGAAAGAUACACUGAUAAAUCUUUUGUGAUGUAAUAAAAUCAGAACAUCAAAACUACCAAAAAAAUUAAUAAACAAAUAAUAAAAAAACAACACACCUUAGAUGAAUUAUUAUAGCUUUUGGAACUAUUACAUUAUAAGCCAACUCAACACUCAAAAUCUAAAAAAAUAUUUCAAUAUAAAAUAAGAAUAACUAAUAGAUAAUUUAUUGUUGUAUUAUACCUAAUUUAAUUUAUUUUGAACGUGUCAAUUUCAUAGCAUUCACACGUAAAACGAUUUUUCGUUGAAUCACAUUUAUUACACAGUUGUUCGGUUUUUUUCAUGCCUACGGAAAAAAUACCUCUCUAUAAGGGGUUGAUGUUAAAUUUUCCGUACACAUAGAAACAAACAAAUUAAAUAUUCGGUGCGUAUUUAUUGUUCCACGAUAGCGCCAGUUAAACUGUUAACUAAAAAAACAAAUUACCAUGAAGAAGUACAUAAUAGCUCCCUCGUCUCAUUCGGAAUCUACAAUUCACAAACGAAUAUACGACACAGCCAACCGAUAGAUGAGGAUUUCGGUUGUCCAUAAUGUCAUUGUUUUCGAAAAGGAAACGAAUUUUCAUCGUAGGAUAAUUAUUUUGUCAAACGCCGCAAACAUGUAGCUAUCUAUUAUACGAAGAUAUUAAGUAAAUUUGAUUUUGGCAAGUUAAAAGUUAAAAAUCAAGUUAUAAUUUCGAAUUUUAACUUAUGAUUUUUAUAUUAUUAUAACUAAUUAUUAUUUUUUUUUUUUUUUUUGGUUUUCAUAACAUUGAAAUAACUACCGAGUUCGUUUUGAUCCAUACUUACUAAUACUACGUUAAAUGAAUUUUAAUUUCUUUUAAUUUUAACACAUUUAUUAUUUAAUCAAUUGAACAAAUUUUAAAUUUAAAAUAAGUUUACUUUUGCAAUAAGUAUAAGAGUUAAAAAAAUAAUGAUAACUAACUUAACCUAAGUUGUUACAGGGUUCAAACAAACAACUUUUAACGCGUAUUAACUCACUAAUAUGAACAACUUGCACAUUUCAAUUAUCUCUUCAAUAAAUUUCUUUCUUGGUAUUUCCCUUCCUACGACCAUUGAUUCAUAAUUCAAAAUAUUAGUUAUGAAAGAGUUAUACACUUAAAUAAGUGUCUCGUAAAUUUUAAGUUUUUUGAUCUAAUGAUAGAUAGUAAUACUCUCCCUUCCCCUAAUAUUUAAAGAAUUUCUACAUGCUUCCUUUUAGUCCAACGUCCAACUAAUACGAAGUAAUCUUCUCCAAGUCCACAUUUCCAUUCCUUCUAGUUUUUUUUUUUUUUUUUAUAUUAUAAUGCACUUCUCGGCAAGCUUAUUUAAGGAUAAUAUAAUAUCAUUUGGUGCCACGUAAACCGAUUUUAAUGCAGAAACCGUAUAAUAUUGAGAUAAUGAUAUUAUAUAAAAUGUAAGUAUAUAUCCUAGGGUUAAAUCUCAUCGUGCUAUUGCUCGUAACGCGGCGAAGAUUUCAUUUGAAAGGCGCUGAAAAGUCACACCGUAACGUUCACGAAUUUGAUUUUCAAAUCGAAAACCCCCUUUUGGAAUAGAGCUAGGUACCCGCAAAAGAAUAAAACGCAGGAAAUCCAUUUUUCAUGACGAUCGUCUAUAUAUACUACUUCCAGAUUUCAGUAUACUCACCGAACACAUCCCGGCGCCAUUAACAUUUAUUACGGCAGUCUUAUUAUUUUUUUUUCUGUUUCUGAAAUGGCAUUACAAAAUCUCUGUACAGGAGAUAUAAUAUAGUAUUCUUACGUCCGGCGGGCGAAAAUCCAUCUGCAUUUUUAAAUCGUCAACGUUUAUUGUAUUUAGGCGACUGAAAAACCGCGAACAAAGUCAAAUAGUUGAAUAAACCCAGUCAAAGAGCUUUUAAAGACAAUUAUUUCGCCGCCAACAACAUCGAGUCACCACUGCCAUCAAAAAUCCACCAUGCUACACCACCACCGGUGGAAAAUUUUAACAGCACGAUCGAAAAUACUUUUUUAGCAUUUAGAAUAUGGUAAUUUUCGAAUUAUUACAUACAAAUUACAAAUAUUGUUCACCGGAUAUUUAUUUUAUUUAACAAUUGCCUUUUAUUCGCACUUGUACAGCAGGUAAUAAAUUCCAGGGGCCUUCAACCCGCGGCCCGCCUAGUCAUUAUUUGCGGCUCGCGAUCACAUUUGAAAUAUAGCAUAUCUUUUCUAUUUUGAUAAAAUUAUAACGCCGUAAGCCAUCACUGUCGAAAAAAUUGAGAAAUAUGCGAUAAAAAAAUUAAAUUACCUACUUUUUUUGGUAGUACUUAUACAUGUAAGCAUAUAUUUUCACGAAUGAAAAUUACCAAAUCGAAAACUAGAGCUCGGUUAACUAACAAACACUUAGAAAACUCGCUGAGAAUUGUAUCGUCUCAGAUCCAACCAAAUAUAGAAAAAUUAGUUAGUGAAAAACAAUGUCAGUAAUCACACUAAAUAUAAAAUAAAUAAUUUCAAAUUCAAAAUUGAAAUAUGUCAAUCUAUAUAUGUUUUAAUAAUAAUAAUAGUUUGUAAUUUAAAAUAUAAUUAUAAAAAUUAUAAUAAUAAAACUGAAUUUUUGUAUAAAAUACACGUGUUUACUACGAAUGCGGCCCGCAAGAUUUGUAAAAAAUAAUAUAUGACUCACUGGAUAAAAAGAUAGAAGACCCUUUACUAAACAAAAACAUUGUUUGGAAAAAAUAAAAUUUUAAAACUGAAGACUUGCUUUCAAAUGAUUAUCUAAUUUAAAGUUUAAAAAUCUUGACAAUAUUAUAUUUAUAUUUCUUAAAGCUUUUAGUUAAUACAUUGAAGUAUUGAAGUAGGUAUACUUGGUUGUAUCUCAGCCAAAUCCCAGAAAAUUAGAUUACGUCAGUUUAGCAAUAAAAACAUUACACAGGUAUUUGAAAAACAAAACCAAUACAUCAGCAAGUUUUGUAUUAGUUUAGCAUUUCAAACCUAGGUAUAUUAUACGAAAUUAUUGAAAUUGUUUGACCAAUAAUUAUUAAAUCAAAGACGAUAAGUGCAGCACCGAAUUGAAAUAUGGCAGUUUAAUAUUUUCUUUAGUCUUGAUUUUUUAUUUAUAGUAAUACAAAAAAAAAUAAAGAGCAUAAAACUAAGCAACUAAGCCACACAUACAAAUCUGACAGAUUAUUAUUUGUUUUAGUCACAAAAAUUAAUAUGUUGGUUGAGCGAUGACUUAAGAUGGUAUAUAUAGUAUUUAUUAGAUUAAAAAAAAUAUUCAAAACUCAAAAAUUACAAAUUCUUAGAAUAUUUAAUCUAAAAUCGCAUGCACAUGCGAAAACACCCAACGAGAUACCGUAUUAGUAGCUAUUUGGUUACCUAUUGUAAUCAUACAUUAGUAAUAGUAAUAUAUUCUUACAUCUACGCUGUACAUUUAUACAUUAUAUUUUUGAUUAAAUUUAAUAAAAGACGUUAACUUAAUAAAGACUACGAAAAAAUGUUAAACACAAAUAGUCAAUUCCAAUUUAUUUUUCUUCCAGAACAUUAUAAUAAUUAAUGAUGUAUCAUUUUUAUUUUGAUGUUCACAUAAUUGACAUAAUUUUUUUUUUACAGAAAUAUUUUUUCAUUCUCUCCCGUUUUUCCUGGAAACAUAUCUUAAAUAUCAGGCGUUCAAUUAAAAAAAUAAGUCACUUUUUUUUUAAUUGACGUUUUGAAUCCCGAAUAUAUAUUAUCGCUUUUAAAAUAGUUAAUAUAUACGACUUCUAUUACUUUUCAGUGAUAAAAUAUAAUAAAAAUACAGUAUACUUAAAUUAAAGUAUAGCACAAGAAAUCGUAAAUAAGAAUUUUUUAUUUGCCCUCUUGUAAAUACAAAAAAAAAUAUCACUUAAUGCUAUUUAAUAGAAUCCCACUCCAUUAUUACGUGAAUACCUAUAUAUCAUUUUUAACUUGACGUUUUCAUAUAUUAUUAUACUAAAUCGGUUUAUGUAAAUUUUUACUUUCCGUUUCGAAUUUAUUGAAAAAUACUCCGAAAUUACUUUAUAUUACUUUAAAUUACUUUACAUAUUUAUAACUAUACAACAAUAUAAUACCCGUACAACAUUAUUUUUAUUAAAAAUAAUUUUUAAUAAAAAUAAUAUAAAUAAAAUAAUUUUUAUUAUUUUCUAGACAACUAAAAUAGAAAAAUAUCAGAAUGAACGUAUAAUUCGAAUAAAAAAUAAUUAUAACUUUGUAUAAUAUGGGCCACAUACGGCAGUCAAAUGCUUUUUUUUUAUUAUUAUUUAUUCAAAACCUUUUUUGUUGAAUUUUAGAUCUAGAUAAUCGUUUUUUUUUUUUGAUUUUCCAAAUAGGUAAUAUUAAUAAUAGUUGAUAAAAAUCGAAAAAAAAAAUGAAAAAUAAAAACUGAAAAAUUUACGGCGUUACGAUUUUAUUAUUUUAAUUUGUACGCUUCAUGUAUUCUACCAGGAAUAUGAAUCAUAUUAAUAUAAGUACUUUUAUUUGGUAAAAAUGCAUAAAUCUAAAAUUAUUACAAUUAAACUAUAUUAGAACUUUAUGAGUUCUUAAUAAAAUAAAUGUAUAUAAUAUAAUAUCUAUUGUUGAAAAACACCGAAUAGUUUAACUAUAAAACUAUUAACAUAUUCUAUAUUCUAUAGUAAUAAUAAUAAUAAUAAUAUCAAAAACAAUAAUAAUACCUAUCAAUUUAAAAUAAUAAUGUAACCGAAUUAUGUAUCAGCAAAAUGAGUCAACAAUGUGGUAAUGAACCCGAUAUAUUGGCAUGGUAAAACAACGAUGCGCAAACGAUGUAUAACCUAAAAAUUAAAUAGUGCGCAAGUGGAUUACAAAAAAGAUCGAAAAAUAGCGAGCCGCAAUUAAUAUGCAGCCUCUUAACUGGAUCGAGAAUUUUACGCAUUGAGAGGACAUAAAAUGUGAACAUCUAUAAAAUUGUAUAUACAAAUUGUACUGUCAAAUUUUAAUUAUAAAAUCAAAUUUUCACCACAAAAAGGAAAUCUGUAUAACCUAUACUCCUACAGUCGUAUCUACAUGGUCCAAAAGUAGUAACCUGAGAACAAAAGGUACUUGAAACAGUGAAUUCUAACCACACAAAACCACUAUAUAGAAGUCAGCAAUAUACUAUUAUUAGUUUUGUGACUUUCUAGGCGUAUUUUAGUACUACAUAGUCCAUAGUCCAUCGUUCAUAUUAUAUAAAUACACUUUUAUAUUAUACUAAUGGCUAAUUUAUCAUAAUUUUCGAAAUAAUUUUAAACUAUCAUCAAUCAGAUCAGACACUGGUCAGUGUCUGAUAUGGUCAUACCAGCAUCAUGUAAAAACCAAAAACUCUAAUUAUAUUUUUUUUUUUUCUUCUAAUUAUACAUACUUAUAUGAAAUAUAAUAUGUAGACGUAAAAUAACUGAAAUUAUCUUAGCAUUUAGCACAGGUCUAUGAUUACUACAGACAUUUUUAGUACAUACUUUGAUAGAUAAUUUCUUCCUACAGGUCGAUUUAACAAAACCUCCAGAUUUAUUUAAAAAAUAUCCGCAAAAUAUUAUCUGCGACCCCUCUCGGUAUCCAUAUAAAAAACGUUAGGUACACAAUUUUACACCUGACAAACUUAUUAUUCUUACACUCGAGAAUGUUUUGAUAUAAUUAUUAUACAGACACAUCAUCGUCUCUUCAUAGACUAACUUCUUUAUCAUUUUCGAAUCUGUUCAUUCGUGAAAAUUAUUCGUGACGGAGAAAUCUGACUAAUAAUCCAAUAUGAGUAAUGACUUUUACUGCGUAUGCAAUAGCGUCAACCGAUAAAAACAGAUGCUAUAUUUGAUUGAUGGUGGGAAAAUCCUAAUAAAAAACAAUUUGUAAUAACUUGACGUAAAAAAAAAAAAGAAAUUACAAAAUUUUAAUAAAGAAAAAGUUUACUUGAAUAAAAUUUUUAAAAAAAAUCUCAAAAGUACAUGUGCGUGCAAAUAACCAUGUUUGGUUUUUAAAAAAUUGUUUUUUUUAAAAAAAUAUCCGUAUCACGGGUUUUAUUUUUAGAUUCACAAUUAAAGGUUUGGAUAUUAUAUACUGGAUAAUAAAAUUUGUUACAGGUUUUAUGAUAUAAACAUAGUAUAAUUUUAUCAGCAAAUACAGCAAAUACCUUAUUGUUAUUAAAAAUAUAUUAUUUAUUGUCAUUGUAAUAAAAUAUAUACUGAACUCGGCACUCGCAUAAUCUUAUAUUGUUUUGUUGAAAUACAAUAUAUUUGUAUUAAGAGGACGUGAUACCCGCAUGUAUAAUCUCCAUCUUACAAACAUACCACAUGGCAAAUUCGCGUUCAGUAGUAACAACGUUAUGCUGUUAUACUUUUAAUAUUAGAAUAAAUUGACCUAUUAUCAAAUUGAAUUAUAAAAACAUUAUCUGUGUAACGUUGUGACUAUUAAUUCAAUAUUUUAAUUUUUAAGAGACAAUAUAAGUAUGAGAUAUGAGUAUGUCACAAUUUUUUAAUGCUUAUAUCUUGAUCAAAAUUGUAAUAUCCAAAAAAUGGUUUCAACGUUGCACAGAGGAUAUUUUUUAUUAUCAAGUUUGAUAUUAUGUCUAUUCAAUCUAAUAUUAAAACUAACAACACAGAGGUGUCCCUGACUGAACAAAAAUUUUCUGGCGUGCAGUUCAGCAGUUGUGUAACGAAGACAGCACAUACGGGUAUAGCAUCCUCUUAAAAGGAGGUCAUUAACAAAUAACAUAAAGAAAUUGCCACAGUAACAUUUACUAUUUCUGUCUAUCUAACGAACAAAAUAAUAAAAAUGUGUUUUCGUUCUUCCAAUAGUACCUACUCAGAAUGGGAUCUAGGUCAGAAUAGCGAAAGAAAUAACCAUGAAUGUAAAAAUCGCGAAUUAAUGAUAGCAAAAUUAAUAAUAACGAAUUUUAAAAUAUUCGAUCAUACAUAAAAGCGAAACUGAUAAUAAAAACUUUUUUCAAAGUGUAGCAAAUAAUUUAUCACUAAAUACCUCUUUGUUUUUUUUUUUUUUUUAAAUUAUUAUUAUGACUAUUAUGAUUAUAAUGAAUGUAUUCAAAAAAUAUACUGUCUUUUCGAUAUUAUGUAUUUUCGCUCUUUUUUAAAAUUCGUUAUUUGUCUUUUCACUAUUAUAAAUUCGCGAUUUUUACAGUCACGGUUAUUUUUUCGCUAUUUUGGCUCGAUACCCUCAGAAUCUAAAUCAAUGAUCUAACAUUUAUUUCGUUUUCAACUAGGUAUUUUUUGAUGUAUUCAUUAUAUAAUUAUCUAUUAAAAUAAAAAUAUAUACACAUGCAUAUUUUUUUUUUUCAGUUUCAAGUACGAAUAGAUUAUCUAGAAAUACAUUUUAAAAAAUCACCUUUGAAAACAUAGUAAAUAUUUCCAUCUGUAAUUUGGUAAAAUAAUUUUUGUCUCAGGUCUAUUUGAUCCUGUGUAUUAUUUAAAAUGCGAAAACAUAAUAAUAGAUUUGCUAUAUUUCCCGUUAGACAGACAGUCGAUAAAUGUUACUAUGAUGACCUCUUAAUGGUAUUUUUUAAUGUUUAAAAAAUAAUAAUAAUAAUCAAAAUUUAAAUUUUUCGACCAAUUUUCACGGCAAGACGAUUUUUAACUUUUAAGUUAUCUUUAACGACUUUAAUUUUUAUUUUAUUUUACUACGAGAAUAUGUAGGUACCUACAUUUCUUUGAAAUUCUGAAAAUCGAAAAUAGAUAUAAAAUAAGGGUUCGAACAAAAUUAGACUAUUUUUUAUUUUACUUCUAAAACGCUUAAAACCAUUGAUAGAAGAAAGACAGCUUAUACCGGAACAUCAGUUUGGAUUUCAAAAUAAACACUCAAUAAUCGACCAGGUCCAUCGUGUCACCAACGUAAUAAGCAAAGGGCUUGAAGAGAAAAAGUAUUGCUGCGGAGUAUUCCUUGACGUGGUACAAGCUUUUGAUAAAGUUUGGCACAAAGGAUUACUUAUAAAACUACGUGAACAGCUGCCACACACCUGGUGCGCAUUUUUCAAAUCCUACCUGACUGAACGUCAAUUCAGGGUCAUUCAUGAAGAAGCAUUAACUGAUUGGAAAAAAAUAUCGGCGGGUGAAGGGAAGCGAUCUUGGACCAAUCCUCUUACUUACUUACUCUACACAGCGGACAUUCCAACCAACAACUAUUUAAUAACAGCCAUGUUUGCUGAUGACACAGAAAUAAUGACAACAAAUGAAGACCAGCAGACUGCUUGGCUUCAAACGUCCAUCGAAAACGUUUCCACCUGGACAAAACGUUGGAAGAUUAAUAUUAACACUGAAAAAUCGGUGCACGUAAAUUAUAUCUUGCGUAAAACCAUCUAUAAACCGGUAUUACUAGAUUAG